AUGAAGCACCCUUCAUGGAGAAGCGUGGUUGUGUUAAUAACCAUUGGUGUUAUCCUAUCAGCUACUCUUGUGGAUGCAAGGAGAUCAGAAAAACGGAAAUCCGGCAAGGGAAAGAAUCCGCACAAAGGAAUCCCCUCUUCGGCGAAAGGUGCAAAGUUAGAGUCAAAGUCAGUAAUUGAAGCUGGAUGUAUCCCAAAGAAGGCCGUCAAAGACUUAAAGAUUGAAUUUAUUAACAAGGUUGCUGCAUGGUAUGUCCCGGUGGCAUCUAAAUACUUUUAUUACCGAUGGGGUGAAGCUUUAAUUAACCGAUCACUGGGAGCAUCAGAGUUGCCAAACUUGUGCAUGAAAUGGUUGUUUUUGGCACCUACUACGCCCAAAGGGAAAUACAACGUGCUUGUUGGAGGAUAUCAUCACGCGGUCACACAACUUUGUCAGGACACGGGAUACGAGACUCAAACAUGUGAAGCAGUCAAGGGAUCCUCGGAAUAUCACAAAGGGGCUGAUAACGUUGCAACAAUAGUUGCAACAGACAACAAAAAGUGGUUCAUGAUGGCCAGAUGCAUCCAAAAGAAAUACAAGGACUGGGCAAUUUUUACUGCAGACAGGAAAUCACUGGACACAGCUUUAUACAAGAAAAUCAUUGCAGAAGCAAAAAAUCAAGGGUUUGAUCCAAAAUAUGUCGAAAAUGCAAAAUAUGAUAAAUGCCCGAAAAAAAUUUAAGGUUGAAAUCAGAAAGUAAAUAUUGUUAACUACACCGAUAUUAUGAUUUUAUGACCGCAUAAUGCAUUAGUCAUUUAGUUACUAUUCCAUUAAA